GCGAAGUUAUUUGUUGCUCGUCACAGUUGACAAGCGCCGGGAUAACCGAGUUAACAAAAUUGUGUAGAUUCAUAAACUAGAAACCAUUAGCUGAUAUGUAGCUUACGGUUUUUCGAACAUUUUUAUAACUGUAGAAAUGACGUUCGCAAAUACGUUGGCCUGUGUUGUCGAAAAUCUUACGGGGCGAUUUGUUUCGCUCGUAGUUGUGUUUACUCGCCACUUUCUCUCUUUGUCUAAAACCGGGAGGGCAGUGUGUACUGUUUAGCUAUGAAGCGUCAACCAAUCAGAGAAAGGGUAGUCUCUGUGCCUGCGAGCUACCCCCAUAUAUAUAGGAACGCUUUGUCGCCACAUCACUCAGUCCAGUUCAGUAAGCCAAGGCGGUUGAGUAAAACGGUUUCAUAUCUAUUCCAAAACUCGAACCUACAGCCAAUCAAGAGCCCUCUUUCAGCCAGGUACGAAACUAUUCCUAUUUGAAUAAUAAAUAAACUCAGAAUGAAUACUAAUCGCCGAAGUUUUGGAAACUCUUCUCACUACUCUAAGAGCUACAAUCAAGGUUCAAGAUAUAGAAAUAGAGAAGACCAACAAAGAACGAAUUACCCUUGGAGAGAACAAAAUCAAGAUUCUAACCAUAGUAAUUUAGGUAACAAUUCUGAAAAUCUCACCAUUCAGAUCGAGGCAUUAAAAGUAGGAAAAUUAAUUGGGAAGAGUGGAACUAAGAUUAGAGAACUACAAGAUAAAACAAAUACUAAAAUUCGUGUUGACAGCUCGAAUGGAGAUUUUAAUGCUGAUGUAAUUAUAACUGGAACAAAAGCAGCACAAAAUGAAGCUAAAAAAUUAAUAGAAGAGUUACUAGAUGAUUCUCCGUACCCCAUACCAAAGACAGUAGAACAGAAUAAAGUGCAAUAUAACGAACCUAAGAUAGAUUUUAAUAAUUUUGACUGGACCCAAGCUAGUAAACAAUGUGAUAAUUAUCUAAAAGAAAAGUGGUCAAAAUUCCCACCUAUUGUCAAAAACUUUUAUAAAGAGCAUCCUCAUGUUGCUAGCAUGACAAAAGAAUAUGUAGCACAUAUAAGGAAAAUAAAUAAUAAUAUAGAAGCCAGUUACAUGUUUAGUGAAAAAGAAAAACAUUCUGAAGAACCUGUUCCAAAUCCAAUUGAAACAUUCGAACAGGCCUUUGAACCUUAUCCAGAUAUACUCGAGGAAAUAAGGAAACAAGGAUUUACCAAACCUAGUCCUAUCCAAUGUCAAGCUUGGCCUAUCCUCCUUAGUGGUAAAGAUCUCAUUGGUAUUGCUCAAACAGGCACAGGAAAAACGUUAGCAUUUUUACUGCCAGCUUUAAUACAUAUAGAGGGACAAGAAACGCCGCGAUCGGAACGGAAUGGCCCUAAUGUUCUUGUUAUGGCUCCAACAAGAGAAUUAGCAUUACAAAUAGAGAAAGAAGUGAAUAAAUAUACUUAUCAUGGUAUAAAAGCGGUAUGUGUGUAUGGGGGUGGCAGUCGUAAGGAACAAAUCACCCUGGUACUAAAAGGGUUAGAAAUAGUCAUUGCAACGCCUGGAAGACUGAAUGAUCUCGUUGAAGCGAAUGUUUUGAAUGUUUCAUCUGUCACAUAUCUUGUGUUGGAUGAAGCUGAUCGUAUGCUUGACAUGGGGUUUGAACCUCAAAUUAGGAAAACAUUGUUAGAUAUAAGACCAGAUCGACAAACAGUUAUGACAAGUGCCACGUGGCCUCAAGGUGUUCGACGUUUAGCACAAUCCUAUAUGAAAAAUCCAAUUCAAAUUUUUGUCGGAUCUCUUGAUUUAGCUACUGUACACACUGUGGUACAAAAAAUUCACAUCAUUGAUGAAGAUGAGAAACCAAAUAUGAUGAAUCAGUUUUUCCACGAAAUGGGUCCCAAGGAUAAAGUUAUAGUAUUCUUUGGAAAAAAAUGCAGAGUUGACGACGUGGCCAGUGACUUAGCUCUGCAAGGUGUGAACUGUCAGAGUAUACACGGCGGAAGAGAACAAGCUGAUAGGGAACAAGCAUUGGAAGAUUUGAAAACCGGAGAAGUUCAAAUACUUCUUGCAACAGACGUUGCCAGUCGAGGAAUUGAUAUAGAAGAUGUGACGCAUGUGUUAAAUUAUGACUUUCCUCGAGACAUAGAAGAAUAUGUUCAUCGAGUUGGACGUACUGGACGCGCUGGACGCACAGGCGAAAGUAUAACGUUUAUGACAAGGCGGGAUUGGGCUCUUGCCAGAGAACUAAUUAAUCUCUUAGAAGAAGCUAAUCAAGAAGUUAUUGAUGAGUUGUAUAUGAUGGCUAAUAGAUAUGAUGCAUGGAAGGAAAGACGGGCAAACGAAAAACAGUUUGAACGAUCAGACAGCAGAGGUGAUCACUCAUAUAAAAGAAGUAACAGAAGAUGGUAGUUACUGUAAAUUUUACUUUUAUUGAUUACAAUGUAUAAGUUACGCUAAAUUUUAUUUUUAUUAAUUACAAUGUAUAACCUUUAAAACCGAAUGUUUCUGGAAUUAUAAAAAAAAUAUUUAGUUUUAUAUUUUGUUACAUA